AUGGAGUCCAAGGUCUCUGAAGGCGGCCUCAACGUCACCCUCACCAUCCGGCUGCUGAUGCAUGGCAAGGAAGUUGGAAGCAUCAUUGGGAAGAAAGGAGAGACCGUGAAGAAGAUGCGUGAGGAGAGCGGGGCAAGGAUUAACAUCUCGGAGGGGAACUGCCCUGAGCGGAUUGUCACCAUCACUGGCCCCACUGAUGCCAUCUUCAAGGCUUUUGCCAUGAUCGCCUACAAAUUUGAGGAGGACAUAACCAACUCCAUGAGCAACAGCACCGCUACCAGCAAACCUCCGGUGACACUGCGGCUGGUGGUGCCGGCGAGUCAGUGCGGCUCCCUCAUCGGCAAGGGGGGCUCCAAGAUCAAGGAAAUCCGAGAGUCCACAGGUGCUCAGGUCCAAGUGGCAGGGGACAUGCUGCCCAACUCCACGGAGCGGGCGGUGACAAUCUCGGGGACACCUGACGCAAUUAUCCAGUGUGUCAAACAGAUCUGUGUGGUGAUGUUGGAGUCCCCACCAAAAGGUGCCACCAUUCCCUACCGCCCAAAGCCCGCCUCCACCCCUGUCAUUUUUGCAGGUGGUCAGGUAAGAGCCGACCCGCUUGCAGCCUCCACUGCCAACCUCAGCCUUUUACUGCAGCACCAGCCGCUGCCCGCCUAUACAAUUCAGGGACAAUAUGCUAUUCCACACCCGGAUCAGUUGACCAAGCUCCACCAGUUGGCUAUGCAGCAAACCCCUUUUACUCCCCUUGGACAGACCACCCCCGCUUUCCCUGGAGAAAAGCUGCCCUUACAUUCCUCCGAAGAAGCUCAAAAUCUGAUGGGCCAGUCAUCAGGUUUGGAUGCCAGUCCCCCGGCCAGUACUCAUGAACUCACCAUUCCCAAUGAUCUAAUAGGCUGCAUAAUUGGACGCCAAGGGACCAAAAUCAAUGAAAUUCGGCAGAUGUCGGGAGCGCAGAUCAAAAUCGCCAAUGCCACAGAAGGGUCAUCGGAGCGCCAAAUCACCAUCACAGGAACCCCUGCAAACAUCAGCCUCGCGCAGUACCUCAUCAACGCCAGGCUGACGUCUGAGGUCACUGGAAUGGGCGCACUCUAGUUUCCACCCACCAUCCUCCACUCCGCACCACCCGACCCUCUCCAGCCACCGGCACUCCACCCAGCCUGUACUGCCUGUACAUUUACUGUCUUCCCCUUGCCUC